UGACAGGCAUCUCUUAGGCUGGCUGACCCCACCUUUGGCUGCAGCCAAGCCAUUGGCUGCUUUUUUAGAAUAAAUUGAGGACAAUGCCGGCCACUGGCUGCCAAUUCUAAACAUCAGGGAUAUGUAUUCACUUAGCACUAACUUUUGGGAGGGGCCAAGGAGAGAGUGCAAUUUCGUGAAUUGGGCUUGUGGGGUUUAGACACAGCCAGAGAGCCUCACUUGUACAGUAGUGCGCUCAUCUGGACGGCCACUGCUGCCUUCCAACACUGACCAGAGAGUUGGGCUUUGCUACAGAGUUUUCCUCAGGCAAACAUUCUUGGAGGGAAUUCUUUUACAUCGUUUCAGUUCUUCAAAAUCUUCAUUCCAAGCUGCAUUUGCUUGUCAGAUAACUACAGAAAGUUGGUGUCAUCAUCAAAACUGAAUAGUGGAAAGUCUGAUUUGGGGGAUUUAUCUGAACUUGAAUAUAUAUCAUGGACGACUUUGAACGUCGCAGAGAACUUAGGAGACAAAAACGGGAGGAAAUGCGCCUGGAAACAGAGAGAUUAUCCUAUCAAAGAAAUGAUGAUGAUGAGGAAGAAGCUGCCCGAGAGCGACGCAGACGAGCCCGUCAAGAAAGACUGCGGCAAAGAGAAGAGGACGACUUAGGAAUUGUGAAACCUGAAACGAAUGCCCAAAAUAACAUUGCAGAAGGAGAGUCCAAAACUACUACUACAGUGACCACUGUUAUGACUACUCAAGGUGAUGGAGACGAUGAUGCUGUGUUCCUGGAGAGGAUGGCACGGAGAGAGGAAAGACGUCAAAAGCGUCUUCAAGAAGCACUGGAACGCCAAAAGGAACUUGACCCGACCAUUACCGAUGAGACCGUGUCCUUCACAAGCAAAAAAGUGGUGAAUAAUGUGGAGGAAAAUGAGACUCCAGGAAAAGAAGAAAAGGUAGAAACCCACAGAAGACACUAUGAGAUGGAGGAAACAGAAACCAUCACUAAAUCAUACCAGAGGAACAACUUGGAGCAGGAUGAGGAAGAUGGAAAGAAAGAUGAGGAAGACAAAGAAGAGGUGGAAGACCAGAAACCAAAGCCACAAGCCCUAGAGGAGAAUCAGGUAGAACUAACUGUAGAGAAGGAGAAUAUAGACAAUGAGGAGGAAUCUGCAGUCUUGGAGGGAAAGCAUCUUGAGGUAAAUGCAGAGGAGGACAAAUUAGACAAUGACACCCAUGUCCUUGCCAGUUCAAAGGAGAACCUCAGCAUCACAGUAGUCAUACAAAAUAAGGAGGAAGACAAUGAGGCAGAAAUGAACCAGAUACAAAUUGAGGAGAGGGAAAGGCUUGAGCGGGAGGAAAGGGAGAGAGCCGAAGCUGAGGAACAGAGGAGAGCAGAGGAAGAAAAAGAGAGAUUGGAAGCUGAGAAAAGAGAAGCUGAGGAGAAAGCGAAGAGGGAAGCUGAGGAGAAAGCAAAAAGGGAAGCUGAGGAGAAAACAAGGCUUGAGGCAGAAGAGCGGGAGAGGGCGAAGGCAGAAGAACAGCGGAAGGCUGAGGAGGAAAGAAAGAGGAAGGAGAAGGAAGAGGCAGAGGCAGAGAAGAAAAAGGCUGCCCAGGAGAAAGAGAGGCGUGAGGCUGAGGAGAGGGAGAGGAGGAAGGCAGCCGAAGAGAAAAAAGCAGCCGAGGAACGGGAGAGGGCUAAGGAGAAGGAAAAGAGGGAGGCAGAUGAGAGGGCCAAAGCUGAGGCUAAGGCUAAGCUAGAAGAGGAGAAGUUAAAGGCCAAGCAAAAGGCCGAGGAGAAAAAGGUAGAUCAGCCAAAAGGCAAGAAAGGGGACGAAAAGAAAAUAGAAGAGAAGCAGGUAAAAGAGAAGAAACUCCAAGAGGAGAAAAUCACAGCAGCUUCCCUCAGGAAACAGGGGGAAGAAAAUAAAGUGGAAGCUAAAAAAGGAAACCUACAGGACAAGAAGCUUCAGCCAGCCUUCAGGAAAGAGGAGAUGAAAGAUAACAAACUGAACAGAGACAAAAUGCCCAAAGAAGAGGCAAAGUCCAUCUGGGAUCGCAAGAAGGGAAUUCCAGAUUCCAAGCCACAAAACGGGGAAUGCAUCCAAGAACUCCCUGCUCACAAGCUGAAGCACACAGAGCAUGCUUUUGGACGACCAGGGUUCAAAACCACACCGGGAUCCGAAGACGGCAAACCCCAGGUGGAAGCUGGCAAGAGGGUGGAGGAGUUGCGCCGUCGGCGGGGUGAAAACGAGAGCGAAGAAUUUGAGAAGCUGAAGCAGAAGCAACAAGAGGCGGCGGUGGAACUGGAGGAGCUGAAGAAGAAGCGUGAAGAACGGAGGAAGAUCCUGGAAGAUGAAGAACAGAGAAGGAAGAAAGAAGAGGCGGAGAGGAAAGUUCGGGAAGAGGAGGAGAAGAGGCGGCUGAAGGAAGAAAUUGAGAAAAGAAGGGCAGAAGCCGCUGAGAAACGCCAGAAGAUGCCAGAUGAAGCACAAGGUGAUGACAAGAAGCCCUUCAAGUGUUUCACUCCAAAAGGUUCUGCUUUCAAGAUAGAAGAACGUGCAGAGUUCUUGAACAAAUCCGUCCAGAAGAGUGGUAUGAAACCUACUCACACAACUCCAGUUGUCUCCAAGAUAGACAGUAGGCUGGAACAAUAUACCAGUGCAAUUGAGGGCAACAAAGCUGCAAAGGCCACCAAGCCAGCUGCUUCUGACCUCCCGGUUCCUGCUGAGGGAGUUCGUAACAUCAAGAGCAUGUGGGAGAAAGGCAACGUGUUUGCAUCACCCUCUGGAACGGGGACACCCAAUAAGGAAACAGCUGGGCUGAAGGUCGGCGUCUCCAGUCGCAUCAAUGAAUGGUUAACCAAGACCCCAGAAAGCAACAAAUUGGCUGCUUCAAAACCAUCGGACUUACGACCUGGAGAUGUAUCUGGCAAACGCAAUCUUUGGGAAAAGCAGUCGGUUGAAAAGACCCCUUCUUCAUCAAAGGUUACAGCAGCAGGAAGGAAAUUGGAGACCAAUGCAGGUUUGAGACAAUUUGAAAAGGAGCCUUAAGGAAGCCACCAAUUACGCUGGACCAAGUCGGUUUUCAAAAACAGAAGUGCUAAAUGUGCCCUCUUCUUUUUAUAUAUAUUUAUGUUUGUUUUUGUUGGUUUACUUGGGAGGGGCGGGCGGGGUUGGCUACAUUAUCCCAGUUUUUAAGGAAACCAUGUAUAUUAGCACUGUAUUUAAUAUUCAGUCUUAAAACAUUUGUCUUAAUAGUAGUGCCUUGUAACGAGAGCCUUAUUCCUCAAAAAAAAAAAAAAAACAUGCUGUGAAAGAGAGAGACACUUCUACUGACAAAGUCUUCACAAACUGUGUGUCCAGACAGGAGGAGAGGGACAUCUGCUGUGCACACCUUCCACUUGUGGGUCCUAUCCCAAAUAGGUGAGGCAAAGCCAGAGCCAGGAUAGGAGGAACACAGGCUGGUCCAUUCACAAGCAAAGCUCCUGAACAGUGGGCCCUCAAGAGUCAAGGCAAAGUCAACCUCUUUGCUACUAUUGACUUAUUGUUGACUUGACUGUAGACAGGUUUGGUAUAAUUCCCUAUAAGCCUAUCGUGAUCUACAGAACACUAUAUGAUAGGUUCACCAUCUUUAGUGAUCCAUCACCUUUGAUGGAACCAUGGCCUUCUCCCUCUUUGCUCUCCGACAUCAUAUCACAGAUUUUUUUUUUAAUUUGAUUUAUAUGCCACCCUUCUCUGGAGACUCAGGGCGGCUUACAAUGUGCUAAGCAAUAGCCUUCAUCCUUUUGUAUAUUUAUACAAAGUCAGCUUAUUGCCCCCACAACUGGGUCCUCAAUUUACCUACCUUAGAAAGGAUGGAAGGCUGAGUCAACCUUGAGCCUGGCGAGAUUCGAACCUGCAGUAAUUGCAGGCAGCUGGUCUUAAUAACAGGGUGCUUUAAACCACUGUACUACCAAGGCUCCUAGAUUGCCAUGUGUGUUGUUGCUGGAGUGCCUAAUCCAUCACUUGGGUCAUACCUGUAAGUGGAGGUCACCUUCUCCAUCAGUAAGGUCCUGUGCAGAGCGAAGGAGUGUUACUUUCCAUAAAAGGAAAGUAGGAGAGAUGCAAGGAAUGAGGUUCUAUGCAUCCCACCCAAAUAUCCUUCUUGUAGCUAAGUGGGAUGAGCCCCGUUUUUUCUUCCCUUUCAGCACUUUAGAGUAAGGCAUGGAAGAAACAUGCCAAGUUGGCCAUUUCCUUCCGUAAGUAGUCCAUGACGAAUUAGCAUCAUCAGUACAAUUUUCAUCAUUUUAAAGUAGCAUUCCUCCGCUCCCUUUGGUAAGUUAUAGUUAAUUCUCUGAAUUUGGACAAUUGCAAUCAGCAGUGGUACUGAUCAUGUUUCUCUCUCUUCUUUUUUUUUUGUUUGUAUUUUUUAAAAACUAGUUAACAGUUUUAGAACAUAUACAUUUCGCUUUUUUAAAUGUUAUGUAUAAGGCACUACUAAUAAUAGAAGGCUUUUAAUACUUAUUUACUUCAUUUAGCUAUAAACUUACAUAACUAGCCAAUAUCACAACUUUUUUUAAAAAAAAAAUACACACCUUUUAUAUUAAUAUUCCAUGAUUGCCAUUAGGGACAUGGCAAGAGAAGUAUUAGAUUUUUUUAAAAAAAUAAUAAUAAUAAGAUGAGCGAUGAAAAUUAUAGUUUUAAAGAGGGAAGAAAAAAAAAGUUUUAGGUCAUAGUUCACAUGUAUAAAACAAUAUAGCUAAUUUAUAUAGAACUACCAUAAUUACCACACAAGAAAUACAUGCACGCACGCUGUUGGUAAUCCUCCUUUUCCACCUUAUUGCACACUGAUUUUGCUUUUUAUCAGGUCUGUAUACACUUCUCAUGUUCUCGCUGUAGAAAACAAAAGGGACACCGUCCUUCCUAUUGCCAUACAAUUCAGUGCACAAAUAUAGUAGCCCUUGGUCCUAGGUGCACUAACCAUGGAGAGACAAGGAUCACAUCCUAUAGCCCAGCUGGUACCUUCCAGAUGCAUUGGGAAUCUGAGGAGUUGUAAUCUCAACACAUCUGGAAAACGUCAAGUUGGGUUGGGCUUGACGCUCAACCCAAGGGCUACUUGAUGCUCUUCAACCUUCUUCCUCCUUCCUCAAGGAGUCCAAAGAUAGAUAUCCUUUGUCCUAGAGAACAAGCGCUUGCUGAAUUCCAGGCAAUGAGGAAGAAGGCUUCAUUUGAACCCAGAAGCCAUUCCAAAGAGGAUUAUCUAUUGUGUCUCAAGUCACUCCACCCCGAGUCUUUAUUUUAACAUCUAUAUUAUUUGACCUGUAUAUAGUAAACUACUAAGUUUGAAUUGACAAAUCACAUGAUGAUUGGGUUUUUUUUUUUUUAUACCACACGUAGGGGUGAAGUGAAGUGAGCUUUAUUUUAAAAUCUAUAGCCCACUCCAAAUGCGAUCCAUAGUUUGAGAAUGGUUAAUUUCUGUAUACAGGUUUACAUUUUUAUUGCAUCUGUUUGUCCUUUUUAGUUGUUUUUUUUUUAAGGGGUUAAGAUGGAGUAGCGGUAUCCAAGCUCCAUUGCUUUUGUGAAUCAUCAAGUUUACAUAAUGAAUUUCACUGGAGCUUACAGGUGGGAUCAGAAUCAUAGAAGACAAAGUCUUGGAUCUGUUUGUGGUUUGGCUGUUUUGUUUGUUUUUAAAUACACUUUGGAAUCCUUACAUCUGAAUAGCUACCAUAAACCAGUAAUGCUGAAUUUGUAAUUCACAAUAAAUGGAGUUUGUCUGCCA